GCACUCAAAACGCGCUUUUUCUUCCUCCUCUAGGGUUCCAAUCCCUCUUCGCAAGGUUUCUGUGGAGAUAAUCUGCUCAAGUUCUGUGAAGAUGAGGUCCAUAUUUGUGGGGAACUUUGAGUACGAGACUCGCCAGUCUGAGUUAGAACGUCUGUUCUCCAAGUACGGGAGGAUCGAGCGUCUCGAUAUGAAAUCUGGAACUACUAAUGGAAAAUGAGCUUCCUGCUCUCCCUCUACUCACUGAUGGCAUCACCUGCUUUUUCUUCACUCGAUCAUCUGUCACUCACUCACCUCACUUCACUGCAUGGUGGGGGAUCGUUCAAUUUUUCAUCUCAUGCCUAGCACCACUGAUUCUAGAGGAAUUACUGAAAUCUGUUGUGCCAUGCCUUCCAUUAAUGAACUGCUGUCUGACUGGUGAAGCAUACUUUUGCAAUGAUGUCUCAGACCUCAAACCUUGGAUUUUAACCUUUAACAUGCUACCUUCAUGAUUUAGUUCAUCAUGCAACACUUCUUCAUCAUUAUGUUCUUCAGCCUUCAUAUAUAUGCAGGUGUUGUAUUUUUCUUUUUAGUUGUGGUGAAAUAACUAAUCCUGUGAUAUGGAUGACGUGCUGCAGUAUGUUGUAAGACCCUUGUCAUAAGUUGUUAUUUCUGCCUCUUAUUUUAGUUUUCAUUUUGCAGGCUUUGCUUUUGUCUAUUUUGUGGAUGAUCGUGAUGCUGAAGUUGCCAUUCGUGAGCUGGAUAAUGUUCCAUUCGGUUAUGAUCGGCGUCGACUGUCUGUGGAGUGGGCCAGGGGCGAACGUGGUAGGCAUCAUGAUGAUUCUAGAUCAACAACUAAUCAGAGACCAACCAAAACCUUGUUUGUGAUAAACUUUGAUCCUAUUCGUACAAGAGAACGCGAUAUACACAGGCACUUUGAGCCAUAUGGAAAGGUUCUUAAUGUUCGAAUUAGGCGAAACUUUGCAUUUGUGCAGUUUGCAACACAAGAGGAUGCCACUAAAGCCCUUGAGGCUACACAGAGGAGCAAGUUAUUGGACAGAAUGGUUUCUGUUGAGUAUGCUUUAAGGGAUGAUGAUGAGAUGGACGAGAGACAUGAUAGCCCCAGAAGAGGAAAUUAUGGUAGGCAUGGAAUUAGUCCAUAUGGAAGGUCUCCAAGUCCAUACCAUAGGCGACCAAGUCCUGAUUAUGGCUGUGCACGGAGUCCUGCUUAUGAUCGGUACAAUGGUGCUGCACCUGCAUAUGAGAGGCACAGGAGUCCUGACCAUGGGAGGCAAAGGAGUCCUGAGCAUGUUAGAUACCGCAGGUAGUGAUUUGAAGCCAAGUAUUGUUUUUGAUAGAAAAUCUCUUUCUCAUGAAGAUCAUCUUCUGGCCUGCAUCUCUUUUAAUUUUAUUUAACAGCCGAUCACCAAUACCACGGUCAAGAAUCUGAUUGGUUAUUAUAAUCAAACCUGAUGAGGGAUGGGCUCUCAGCACAGGGUUUUCAAAAUCAAAGGAUAUGCGUGGCUCUUUGCAUAAGUGUUAUAUCCAUUGUGUAGAUAAUCAGAAUUUUCUUCUUUUUAGCAUAGCUCUUUAAACUUGGAGAUCCUCAUAUAUAAGAAAUGGUCAAUAUCUGUCUAUAUUUUCUGAUGGGAUUUACAGAUUAAUCUAUUUGGUAUAUUUGUAUGCACUAGGGAAGAAGUUAUUUACAUUAAAAGCUGUAUGUUUCU